AAAACAGAAAGCAAAACAUUGGUAAUGGAUCCCUCAGGUGAUGGAAUGCUCUACGCGAUUGUUUAUUCAAAAAAUUGUUGUAAAAUCCCUACAAGUUAAGUGAAAUAUAUUUGUACCAGAGCAGUUCGAGCAUUGCGUCAUUAUACAGUAGCCAGAGAUGGAUAUUUGUCGCUUGUGUAUGGAAUGUAAAGAAAACAGUUUAGUUUCCAUAUUUUCAAUCAUUAAUGAUGUUAACAUCGCAACAACAGUAAUAUUCAGCUGCUCCAUACAGAUAGUUGAAGGUGAUGGACUUCCAAGUAAAAUAUGCGAAACCUGCAUAAAAGAUGUUCAAAUUGUACAAGCUUUCGUCGAAAAGGUGCGCAAUGCUGAUACAAUACUUCGAAAUGGCAAACACCAGAAGAAAGAUAAGGUGGAGUUCGAAGUAAUUGUUGUAAAAACCGAAUUAUCUGACGAUGAAAAUGGCGUCAUUGUUGGUGGAGACAAUGAUUUAAACUACGUAGAACUAAAGUCUGAGUCAGAUUCUGAAGAUGAAAAGCUUAGUACGAUUAAAGCGCGCAUGAAAACGAGUAAAAGAAAAAACGUUGACACUCUUAAGAAGAAAGGCAAAAGAUCUUCGAAACGCAAAACAGAUAGUGACAUUGAUUCUGAAGCACCAGACGAUCAUGAUUCUCUCGAUGAAAAAGAACUGGAAGUGUUCGAGACUAUCAUCUUACCGAAAAUUAACUUCGUAUGCUGUGGGUGUUAUCAAUAUUUCGGAACGCAAGAAGAGUUUGAAACGCAUAUUGAAGUGCAUACAAAAUCCGUGGUUAAAAAAACUGAUACUAUAUAUUGCGAAAUAUGUAAACGUAAGUUCAAUAAGAUGAAGGCUUUAGAAAAGCAUAAUAAACGGUUGAAAACAUUAACAAAACUAUUCGAGUGCCGUAAGUGUAGAAUUCGGCUAAUCAGCGCCGUUAGUAGGCGAAGACACGCUUACAGACAUCCCAAAACUAUCGAAGAUAAGAUGAAGCAGGAGUUUGGCGAAAUACUUUGUUGUGUGACGAAUUGUUCAAAAUCAUAUCCAUCCGAAGCUCAACUGAUAAAACACAGUCAAGAAGAUCAUAAAGUCCACAAACGCGCUUAUGUAGGGGAUGAUGAUGCACAAAAGCCAUCUGAAUGCCCAGUUUGCUAUAAAAGAUUUGCCUCUGUACUGUUGCUUCGUCGGCAUAGAAAACGAAACUCGCGACCGAUGAGCCAUCAGUGCGCAACGUGUGGGCUAAAGUUUCGGUCCAGGGACGUUUUGUUGCUUCAUGAAACAAAUCACGCGGGAAAAAAGCCAUUCGAGUGCAGUAUCUGCAAGAAAAGGUUUGGCAGUAGCAACGCUUUGAAAGCUCACCAGAGGUACCACUCUGACGAGAAACCGUUUGUAUGUGCAACAUGUGGGGCCGGAUUUUACCAGAAGGCACAGCUCGUGAUGCACGAGUAUGAUCACAGCAGCACGCCGUUUCCCUUUAAAUGCGAGGUUUGCAGUAAGCCAUUCAAGGUCAAAGCAGGACUUAUCAACCAUAUGCGACUGCACACUGGUGAACGUCCUUUUCCGUGCCGACAUUGUUCAAUGUCCUUUUCAAACAAUACAACACGAUACAGACACGAAAUGAAUCACACAGGAGACAAACCUUUCAAAUGUACUUUUUGUGAUAAAAAAUUUACGAUAAAGCGUCUCCAAGUGGAACACGAGUGUAAACAUACAGGUAUCAAGCCGUACAAGUGUAGUUAUUGUGAUAAAACCUUCAUUCGCAAACGGUUCCAGAUAGAUCACGAAAGUAGUCAUACUGGUGUGAAACCAUAUGGGUGCGAUUUAUGUAAUCGUAGCUUUAGCCAUAAAACCGGCUUGCGUCGACAUCGGUUGGAAGUUCAUCAUCUUGAAGGAAGGGAAAAUAGGACAACCGUGGAAAGCCCUCAUGUAGUAACAGUUUCCGUUUCCAAUUCAACGUACGAGUCCACAGGACGAACAAACACUAGCCUCAACGAAUAUUCGAGACCAAACAGCAGUAGCGAGUGCUGGGUACCCGAGCAGCACAAGUCAGAAAAAAAUGGUUCCACUAAUUCAGUAACCAAAGACGAUAAGUGCAUAAACUGUGGUGGAAAACACCAAGCCGGAAACAAAAUGUGCAAGGAGCGCAAACGGAGAGAGAACAUCCUUAACACAAUGAGGACAGAAAAGCUCACCUACGCCGAAGCGGAAGAACAGUUCCCGAAGUUGAGCAACCGAUUCAACAUCCUCGAAGUCGAUUCAAAUGAGGAGUUCCCGGAGCUGAACGAUGUUGGAGGACAGGGCUCGAGAAGAGAAGCGAGAAGAUCUGAAGGUACGACUAGCAGACAAGUGAAGAGAAAGACGCAGGGUAGCAGUAGAAACGACUGGGUAGGUUUACCUCCUGGUAACGUAGACCAGGGAUUCGACGUAAUUUUAGUGGAAACGGUUCUGGCAAGAUUGCGAGAGGACCUGAUCAAACAGCUGAGGUGGAAGGCUUGGCUGAAACCACUAGUGGAGCUGAGGAACCACAUCGCCCAGCGGAUGCAGCAAGAACAUAACGAACUGGACACUGACCAGCCAAUCGUUUACAUCUUCAGUAAAAUCAACGAGAUAAUCGACAACAACGCAGGAGCUCAACAAGAGGAAAGAAUAGUACAAGAAAAUAGAAAUGGAAAUCUAGCUCAAAGAGAGCAUUUCAGGAUGAAAAACUUUGAACUUGCAUCGAAACGAAGACCAGAAGGAUACGGAGGAGUGGGGAUACUGAUCCAACAAGGAAUGGAGUUUAAAAACAUCAGAAUGCCAGAUUUCAUCAUCCUUGAAGCCGUUGGAGUAAAAAUCAGCAAUGGAGGCGACCCUGUCAACCUAAUCUCAGCGUACCUACCUGCAGGUCCAAUCAACCAAGUUACAGAUGAUCACAGCAUCUAUUUCGGUGGCUGGAACAACUGGAAGGUGAACUCAACAAUGUGCCUGGCCCCCGGCAAUCGUGACUCGGCAAUAGACUUGACUCUGGUUACAGAGGGAAUGGCGAGAAAAGCAAGGUGGAAGGUGCUUGAUGAAGAGUUCGGCAGCGCACAUCUGUCGAUCCGGAUUGGAAUUGGAGAUGAUAUCCCAGUCAUUCGGCAGAUUUGCAAGAGAGUUAACCAAGACAAGGCAAUCGACCUCCUGGACAAAAUGAGACCCCAGUACUUUUACGACCCGGAAGAAAUGCAGAAUAUCUUCGAAGAGGUGAUAGAAGAAGCUUCGUACGUGGUGAAAAACAAGAAGGGAAAUUACCUCAAAAAAUGGUGGAAUGAAAGCAUCUCCGAACUCUACAAGGCUAAAAGGGAGGCUCUGAGAAACUACAAUCACAACAAAUCGGAGCGAAACUACCUAGAGCUGCAGAGGAGAAGAGCAGGGAGUUCCGCAAGUUGCAUGUUUGACGCCUUCCUUCAUUCCUUCGAUACUUUACAUUUGGCGACGAGAGAAACCGAAUCCAGAAUGAAUUUUGUCAAGCCUCCGGAAUUUAAUGUUGGAGAUUCCUGGCCGUUGUAUGAAGAGCGUUUGAAGAGAUUUUUCGUUGCCUAUCAAAUCGAUGAUAAGGACGACAAAAGGAAAUCUGCGUUUUUAUUGACGGCUGUGUCUAUGGAAGUCUACCAAAUUGUUAAGAAUUUAACGUUCCCGGCGCUACCUGAAAAUAAGAAGUUUUCGGAGCUAUGCGAUUUAUUGAAGCAGCGGUUUACCCCGACGCUGGUUGUUUUCCGGGAGAGAGCGAAGUUUUUUGAGGCAAGACAAGGUGAAGGCGAAUCGAUUGUGGAGUGGAGUACUCGCUUGAAGAAGUUAGCAGCCAACUGUGAGUUCGGCGACCAAUUAAAUCCGUUUUUGUUGAACAUUUUUGUGACCGGCAUGCGAAGAGGACCAAUUUUCGAACGCUUAUGCGAGGAGGAAGCAACUUCGACGUUGGAGAACCUUUUAAAGAUUGCUAUGAAGAGAGAAUCUACUAUGCAGCAACGAGAAGUUUUGGAAGUCCAUAAAAUUCAAGUACAUGAGCAAAAGAAAAAGUACAAGAAUGAAGCCAAGUGCUACGCGUGUGGUCAAGGAGAUCAUGAUUUCAAGAAAUGCCAAUACAAAAGUUAUAUCUGCCGCAAUUGUGACAACAAGGGCCAUUUGGCGAAGGUUUGUCCAUCAAGAGAUAAGAAGCAAUCAAGAGAGAAGCAUAGUUUGAAAGUGAAUCAUUUGCGAAUCAACAAACUCGAUGUUCCUCCGCCGGUGGAAAUUCAAGUUGUCGUGAAUAAACAUCCUGUCAAUUUUGAAGUCGAUACCGGAAGUCCUGUGAACGCUAUUUCAAAGAGCAUGUAUGAUCGAUUGUUUCAAGACAUCCCUUUGAAGACAAACUCUACUGAAGAAUUUUUGUGCUACAAUGGUUCUGGUUUCCGUGCUGUUGGGACGUUCAAAGCUAUUAUGAGGUACAAGGAGCAUGAAUCAUUGGAAGAAAAACAUGAGGCUGGAUAUUCCGUUAUUGAUCGAGAAGCAUUAGCGAUCUACUAUGGUAUCAACAAGUUCAGCAACUAUCUGUUUGGCCGUCACUUUGAGCUGAUGACCGACCAUAAGCCGUUGACUGGGUUGUUCAAUCCGGGUUCAAAGGGUAUCCCAAGCAUAGCUGCUGGACGGUUACAACGAUGGGCGGCAUUCCUGGCGAACUACGAUUAUGAGAUCCGUCAUGUGAAGGGUGUGCACAAUGUCCCAGCUGAUUUUCUCUCAAGAUUUCCGUUACGCUGUGAAGAUGACGAGAAUGAUGAAGAUGCCGUAAGCUUCCUGAAUUUCAUUGAAGUUGAAACACGGUCUUUGGUGGAACGGAAACAGAUUGUUGUUGAAAGCCGAAGGGACAAGCUUAUCAGCCGAGUUGUCAAUUACGUUCAGUCCGGAUGGCCUAAUAUGAUUCAGGAAGAUGAAUUGAAAACAUUCUAUCAAAAACGUGACGAAUUGAGUGUAGAAGAAGGUGUUUUACUCUGGGGCUAUCGUAUAGUUGUUCCCACCAAGCUGAGAAAGAUGUUGCUAGAUGAACUUCACAAGUGCGACACAAUUGAAAAGGUAAAUACUAAAAAGAAGCCACUAACAUUCGUUGUUGGGGAAACUGUAUACGUUCGAGACUACAGAAAUCCAAAGAAAGCAACGUGGAUGCGUGGAAAAUUUUUGAAGAAGCUUGGAGCUGUACUCUUCGAAUGCUCGUCGGACGAACUUGGUACAAUCAAACGGAGAAGUAAUCAAAUACUAAAGUAUCCAUAUGAUGAUUAUGAAGAAGGAAAGCGAAACACCAAUCACUGUGAUUUCAACAACGACGACGCAGAUUCGGAUGCAAGCUACGUUUCGCUUGAAGAUGAUACGGAGGAGAUUCGAACAAACCAUCAAUUGAGCGGAACAUAUGUUACGAGAAUAAGUGCAAAAUAUUCGCACAACAUGAAUAUAUGUCGCGUGUGCAUGGAGAAUGAGGAGACAUCCGGUGGUCACGAUCUGAUUCCGAUUUUUUCAAAACUGGAGGAUGCAUUCAUCGCCAACAUCAUCGUCGAGUGCACCUCUAUACAGAUUCUGGAGGACGACGGUCUUCCAACGACGAUAUGCCAGGUAUGCGUCGACGUUCUGAAAAGUUUCAUCGGAUUUAUCCGGAAGGCACGGGAAUCCGACCGCAAGCUACGGAAGAUGUUCAAGUCGGAGUCCAGUGGACGACCAAGGGUCGAUGAAGUUGAAGCUGACGGAAGGGAGCAGGAGGAGGAUAAGAAUUGGAACCCGCCCUUAGAGCUGUCGGUUUUUACGGAAAUGAUGGAAGUGAAGGAAGAAUUGGACUCGGAAGACGAGAAAGUUAUUGAGGAUGAGAGUCACAGAAACGAUGUGGAUGAAGCAACAUAUGAUGCGGAAUAUUUGGACGAUGCUAAUGAUAGCGAUUGGAAAAAUCCGAACUCAGAUACAGAGGAUAAGAAACCGGUCAGGAGGAGAGGACGUAGAAAAAAGUACAAAAAUUCAGAUGAUAGCGAUUCCGAAGGACUUACGACCCUUGCAGAAAUUCAGAAGCCCAGACGUGGCAGGAAACCGGGAAGAAAAGCUUCCACCAGGGUGGACGAUGAUUAUGAAGACUACACCAGCGACAAUGUGUUGGACGAGACAGAGCUAGCCACAUACAAUGUGAUUACUAUUGAGCAAAGUCAACUGGUGUGUUGCUCUUGUCUCCUAAUUUUUGACUCUUCUGAAGCACUCGACUUGCACAGUGAGAAACAUGCCAAAAAACGUCGAGUAAACAUGACGAAGACGAAUAUUUGCCAGGUUUGUCAUCGGAGAUACUCAACGCCAUAUGCGCUGAAGCAGCACUACCGACGAAGAAAAGAAGCAUCGAAAAUUUACGAGUGCAUAAAAUGUCCAGCCAGAUUCAUCGACCAAAAACGUCGCUGGCAACAUGCUCACAAUCAUCCUCGAGAAAAGGAAAUAGUGCCAUCGAAGGUGAUCGUUGCGUCAAUUCCAGCCGUUAUUCAGGAAGAGUAUGGAAAAAUAUGUUGUGCUCAAGCUUGCUAUCAAUCAUUUGAAACGGAGGAAUUGUUGCUCGCUCACGCUCACACAGCGCAUAAAGUGAACAAGGUUGAACAAUCAUUGGACGAGAACAAAGACAAACCUAUCGAAUGUCUUGUUUGUUACAAGCGGUUCUACGACGAGUUAUCACUUCAGCGCCAUCAACAGCGCAACUACAAACCACUCAGCCAUCAGUGUUCCGUGUGCGGUCUGAAGGUACGAGGCGGAGAAGCUCUGGCCACACACGAACGGUCCCACCGCAAUGAAAAGCCAUUCGAAUGUGAAUUGUGCCAUAAGUACUUUUCCAGUAAAGGUAGCUUGAAGGCGCAUAUGAUGGUCCACAGUGGCGAGAAACCGUUUGUAUGUACUACGUGUGGGUGGAGUUUCCGUCGCAAACGAAAUCUCCAGGUGCACAUUUUGUCGCAUUCGGAUAAUCAACCAUUUCAGUGUGAAAUCUGCCAGAAAACGUUCAAGUCCAAGGUACACCUGCAGUAUCACAUGCGAACGCAUACGGGGGAGAAACCUUAUCCCUGUCGUUACUGUGACAAAGCUUUUGCCGAUCAUACGAAUAGGCAACGACAUGAAAUGUCGCAUACAGGCAUCAAACCUUACAAAUGCACCUAUUGCGAUAAAACAUUUAUACGCAAACGAUUUCAAGUCGACCAUGAAAGUAGUCAUACGGGCAUCAAACCAUAUCGCUGUGACAUGUGCAAUCGAAGCUUUAGCCACAAAACCGGCUUGCGACGUCACUUGGAAGCUCACCCUUUGGCUCCGGGGAAUGCAGUAGCCUUAGCUGCCCCUUCGCCAAUGCCAGCUCCGGCGUCUGCGUCAUCGCACAUGCUGAGUGCUGCUGAUUCGUCGAUGUCGCCACCUUCAUCAUCAAUGGCCCCGAACGGUUCCAUGAGCGAUCAUGGUGGUGGAUAUUUCCAGCACCCUCAAGACUUCCAGUACCGGAUGAACUUAGUGUUCGCCAUGCUGUCACUUCUGGUGGCAUGGAGGUGGCAUGGCAGGAGAAAGAUGUUCGUCGCUACGAAUUGGGAGCUUCUAACUGCAACAAUAUGGAUGGACACGGAAUGGCAUGGUCAUUUUGGGUCAAUACUGCUAUUCAAAACAUGCCUAUUUGAGGGAGACCAUGAACGAUCAUCCUCCGUAGCACUUGGCUCAUUUGUUUCGUGUCAAAGAAAAAACGCGUGUGGGAGCAAAUCGUUGAGAAUUACUCUCUGGUUCGAUAUGAAUAUUUGUCGCAUCUGCUUGAAAACGGGUGAUGAACACUCAGUGCCCAUAUUUUCAAAAACUAUCGAAAUAAACAUUCCAACCUUAAUUGCAACGAGUUGCUCUGUACAACUUUCAGAAAAUGAUGGACUGCCCAGUACAAUUUGUAAAACAUGUUUUGCCGAUAUUCAGUUUUUAUACAAUUUCAUUAGAAACGUGCAAAGAUCCGAUACAAAGCUUCGAGAUAAUCGUAUUUUAACAGACGAAAAUCUAUCGUUCGAGGUAGUGAUUGUCAAAACACAAACUAUUGAUGAAGAAAAAUACGUUCCAGAUGAAGAGGCGGCCGAUUUUUUCUCUAACCAACCUAUCGCAGAUACAAAUACUGAUGGCGAUAAACUUAGCGUGAUCAAAGAAAGAAUAAAGAAAGAAAGUAAGGAAGAUGAUGAGGAGAACGGUAAUAAAUCCCUGGAAACGCAGCAAAUUUUGCAAACAAUAAAACUCGAGAGUGACUAUGAAUCAGAAGUCGAUAAUAAUGAUAACCUCGAUAAGAAAGAGUUGGAAAUGUUCAGAAUUAUUAAUCUGCCUGAGGCCAAUUUUGUAUGCUGCCGAUGCUACCAACAUUUCACAACGCCAACAGAUUAUGAAGCGCAUAUUCAAGAGCAUACGAAGUUUGCCGCCAAAAGAACGGACACGAUUUAUUGUGUAAUAUGUAAGCGAAAGUUUAGAAAUCUCAAGGCAUUGGAUAACCAUAAGACAACAUUUAAACAAUUAUCGAAACUCUAUGAAUGCCUUCAAUGUAAGUCGCGGUUUAUCAGUGAUGUAAGCAGGCGAAAACAUGCUUACAAGCAUCCGAAAACUAUCGAAGACAAGAUGAAAGAAGAAUAUGGCGAAAUACUCUGCUGUGUACAAGGUUGUUCUGAACCCUUUCCGUCAGAAGAACUUCUCAUAAAACACAGUCAGCAAAAUCAUAAAUUGCAUAAAAGGACACACCGUUUGGAAGAUACUUCGCAUAAAUUAGUCGAAUGUCCGGUCUGUUAUAAUAGAUAUGCGACAGAAGCUCUUCUUCGUAGGCAUAGGAAACGUAAUUCGAAACCAUUGGCCCACCAAUGUGCCACUUGUGGACUUAAAUUCCGCACAAGGGACGUUUUGCUAUUCCACGAAAUGAACCACGAAGAACAAAAAUCGUUCCAAUGUGAUGUCUGUAAAAAAUAUUUCUCAGGGAGGAAUGCUUUGAAGGUUCAUUUAAGGAGCCACUCCAACAAAAAACAUUUUGUGUGCCCGACUUGCGGUAUCGGAUUCAACCAGAAAAGUCAACUUAUUACGCAUGGAUAUGAUCAUGGUGAUGCACCACUUCCGUUCGAAUGUGAAGUUUGCAAAAAGUCGUUCAAGCGAAAAACCAGCUUGAUCAAUCAUACUCGGUCGCACACCGGGGAACGGCCGUUCGCGUGUCGACAUUGCUCAGUUGCGUUCUCCAGUUACACUUCUCGACAAUUACAUGAAAUGAUCCAUACUGGCAGUAAACCUUUUAAAUGUACUUAUUGUGAUGAAACAUUCACAAUCAAAAGGCUUAGAAUGGAGCACGAAAGUAAGCACACCGGAAUAAAGCCAUACAAAUGUAGCUUUUGUGAUAAGGGCUUCAUGCGUAAACAAUUCCUAAAGGACCAUGAAACUAUUCAUAGUGGUGUAAAACCAUAUCAAUGCUCAUUGUGCGACAGUAGCUUCAGACAUCAGUCUAAUCUGCGACGUCACUUGACAACUCACAAACGGACUCAGGAAAUUGAUGCCACACCCACAGUAACACCAGAUGUACUGAGGAUUCCACCUACCGGUACAAUAGCUGUGAAGAAUUCCAAGGAAUUUACUUGGGUAUCGGACGGUCAUCAUCAUCUGGUCAUGGCGCAAGGAACGCAGUUCCGAUGUUUCGAUGGAGAAACGGAAGAGUGGGAGCUGUACAAGGAACAGCUCGAACAGUAUUUCGCAGUUAGUAAGGUGGAAGAAGACAUGAAGAAGUCGGUGCUCAUCAAUCACUGUGAUUCAAAGACCUACAAGCUGCUGCGGGAUCUAUGCACGCCAAAGACGCCAGCGGAAAAGACGUAUAAGGAAUUGUGCGAUUUUUUGUCAAAACAUUUCACACCGCCGGUGGUGAGCCCCCGAGUGUGCGAAGAAGAUGAAAGCCUUACAUUCGAGAAGGCGUACGAAAUUGCGGUCAAAUAUGAGACAGAUGAAGUCAAACCAUCGGCAGUUUUUCACAUGGGAAGAGGAAGAAACGAGCGUGGACGAGCAAAGUUAGUGGCAAGAAACUCGUCGCGAGGAAAUGAGCUGCGAUGUUUAGCGUGUAAUCAGCAAGGACAUUUCAAGCGCGACUGUCGAUUCAAGGAGUAUGUUUGCCGGAAGUGUAACAAGCGAGGACAUCUACAAGUCGCGUGCACCGCUAGGGGAAAUUUCUUUGUAGAGGAGCAAGAAGAAGAGCGCCAAGAUUCAUCGAGCGAUGCGAACUUGGAGCAACAUUUCAUUAGUAAGUUAGAAUCAUCCAUUUUAACUAUCGGGAAGCAAGGUUUUACGGAUCCAAUGGAAAUUGAAGUGAAAAUUGGAAAUCGGAUGCACAAGAUGCAAUUAGAUACAGGGGCAGCAAUAUCAGUGAUUUCUUUCGGAUAUUACAAAAGCAGUAUGAGUUCAUAUGGGUUACAACUUACCAACUUGCGUUUGACGGGAUAUAGUGGAGAGCAAUUAACGGUGAGAGGAGUUGUUGAGCCAAGAAUUGUUUAUGGUGGUGUAUCGAAGUUGGUGACAUUCGCAGUAGUUCAAAACGGAGGGCCUCCGUUAUUGGGAAGAAACUUUGUUCGAGCUUUCAACUUAAAGUUCGCGAGUGUUAAUAUGGUACAGGACAAAGUGAAUCAUUCGUUGCAACAGUUGCUAGACAGACAUAAACAAUUGUUCAGUGAAGGUGUCGGCUUGUAUACGCAUAGUACGAUUAAGAUUGAGUUGGAGGAUAACGCUCAACCAAUUUUCCGGAAGGCGAGACCGGUGGCGUACAAGUUCGUUGACAAAGUGGAGUCCGAAUUGGAUGCAUUGGAACGCGAGGGGGUGAUUACAAAAUGCGACAACUCGAAGUGGGGAACCCCGUUGGUACCUGUAUUAAAAGGAGAUGGUAAUGUUCGUCUAUGUGGUGACUACAAAAGCACAGUUAAUCGCCAAGUAAAAGACGUUAUUCACCCGCUGCCAACGGUGGAUGAAGUGUUUAGCAAAUUGAAUGGCGGAAAAAAGUUCAGCAAAUUAGACCUAUCGAAGUGCUACAACCAGUUUGAGCUUGACGAGGAGUCACGUGAGAUCUGCGCUAUUUCAACGAAUAAGGGAGUAUACAAGAUGAAUCGCCUACCAUUUGGAAUACGUCCGGCAUCGGGAAUUGUUCAGCGUGAACUUGAAAAGCUGCUUUGCGGAAUUCCGGGUGUGCAGAACUUUUUAGACGACGUUUUGGUUACGGGGGCUACGGAUGAAGAGCAUUUGAGAAAUCUGGCCAAAGUGUUUGAAGUAUUGGAGAAGGCAGGUCUGAAACUAAACCGAUCAAAAUGCCAGUUCUUCAAAGACAGAGUGACAUACGUGGGACAUGUUAUCAGCGCAGAAGGGCUGAGGAAAACGAAUGAUACUAUCAAAUCUAUUCAGCAAGCACCGCAGCCGAAGAACAUUCAGGAAGUGAGAGCCUUCGCUGGUUUAGUAAACCAUUACGCAAGGUUUGUUAAGAAUAUGGCAGAUAUAAUGAGUCCGAUAUACAUGUUGCUAAAAAAAGGAGCCAAAUUCAUCUGGUCUUCGGAGUGUCAGAUGGCCUUCAAUAGGGUUAAAUCGAAGAUAUGUAGAGAUGUGGUACUUACCCAUUCCAACCCGAAAGCAAAGUUAAUAAUGGUUUGUGAUGCAUCGAUGGAAGGAGUUUCGGCUGUCUUGGUGCAAGCAGAGGAAAAUGGACACGAAAGGCCGGUGGCAUACGCUUCUAGAGUGUUGCAUGCUGCUGAGAGGAAUUAUAGUGUGAUCGAUCGAGAGGGACUAGCGAUUGUGUACGGGCUGAACAAGUUUUUCCAUUAUCUCAUCGGCAACAAAUUUGUUAUCCGUACCGAUCAUAAACCAUUGUUGGCAAUUUUCAAUCCACAUAAGGGCAUACCGGUUAUAGCAGCCAGCCGAAUGCAAAGAUGGGCUAAUUUCCUGGCGGGGUUCAAUUAUCGUAUUGAACACGUCAGUUCCAGAGAGAAUAUAGCGGAUUAUCCAUCAAGGGUGCCACACGAAUCAUGGCAGCUUUGGAAGGAGGAUGAUAGUUACAUAAAUUUCCUUAACAUGGACAGUACCGUCAAAGUUGAUUGCGAAGUGCUACGGAGAGAGACCGAUAAGGAUCCAGAACUAAGUACAGUUAGGAAUUGGUUAAAAACUGGAAGUAGUAAGGAUGGUUCUAUUCGCGAAGCGUUCAAAAGAAUUUCAUCGGAGCUAUCGGUAGAAGGCGAUUUUGUGAUGCGUGGAUUACGAGUGGUGAUACCAAAAAGUCUACGGCGGAUUGUUUUGGAUCAAGUGCAUCGUUCGCACCUAGGAAUUGUCAAGAGCAAAUCAUUAUUAAGGAGUUAUGUGUGGUGGCCAAAUAUCGAUGCUGAACUGGAACAGUUCAUCAAAGACUGUUAUCAAUGUUUGACGAGCCACCCAUCUCCGGAAAAAGCGAAGUUAAUUCCUUGGGAACCUCCACAGAAGAUAUGGGAGAGAGUGCACCUUGAUUUUGCUGGUCCGGUUCAGGGUACAAGUUAUUUAAUUGUUAUCGAUGCAUUGUCGAAAUGGGUAGAGGUGUUCUCAACACAAAAAUGUGAUACCGAGUUUGUGCUAAACAAAAUGAUAGAGUGCAUUUCACGUUUUGGAUUGAUGAAGGAAGUCGUUUGUGACAAUGGGUCGCAGUUCACAGCGGCAAAGUUCAGAAGUUUCUUGGCAGCAAAUGGAGUACAAUUAACGUUGACAAGUCCGGGACAUCCUGCUACAAAUGGCCAAGCAGAGAAUGCGGUUAAAACUUUCAAGGCAUCGCUGUUAAAAUGUCUUGCAGGAAAUAAACCUAAUGUUCAACAGAUAAUUGUUAAUUUUCUGCUCGGUUAUCGCAAUGCUGAACACUGUGUUACAAGAAUGUCACCAGCCAGAAUGAUGAUGGGUAGAGAACUGCGUACUUCGCUGGAUUUAAUGUUUCCUCGUUCGUGGAGAAAAACAUUAGUGGAACAAGAAGCAAGGCAGGCUAUAUUGAAUCAACAACAAUCCCAGGUCAAAAACUAUAAGGGCAAUAGAGAUAUCGAGUUCGAAGUGGAUGACAAAGUAAUUGUACGUGACUACACCAACCCGAAUAAAGCAAGCUGGACACCUGGGACAGUGAUUAGCAAACAGGGAAGGCGUAAUUGGGAGGUGAAGCUGUCCAAGAAUGGUCGAGUAAUCAAGCGCCAUUUGAAUCAAAUGCUUCGAGAUGAACGACAAGUCAAUGCUGAAGGUGUUAUUUUGGAUGAUAAGCAGCGUGAUGAGUUUAAGAACAUGAAGGAUACACGGGUGGCGGAGAACAUCUGGGAUUUGGUACCGGUUAAACGAUCAUCAAUAAAAGAGCAGGAAACACGUGCACAAGUGACAUUACCGGUUGAACAAAUUCAGUCAGAAGACGAGAAUUCGCAGAGUGAAGACGACGAAGUAGUAACAAUCAUGGAUAAAUGUCGCUUAUGUAUGGUGCAAGAAGAAGAGAACUUUAUCAGCAUAUUUUCGAUCAUCAACAACAUAAAUAUUGCCACAACUGUAGCCUCGGCAUGCUCUGUAAUGUUCAUCCUGAAACAAGUUAACAGUAGGAUAUUCAACAUGAGCAUUUGCCGCAUUUGUUUGCAAUGUAAAGGGGAAUCUUUAAUAUCUAUAUUCUCAAACGUCAAUGAUAUUAAUCUUGCAUCCACAAUCACCUCGAGUUGCUCGAUAACGCUGUCAGAGAAUGAUGGACUUCCAAAUUUAAUAUGCGAAUCAUGUGUUCGCGAUGUUGAAGCUGUGGGUGCAUUUGUCGGAAAAGUUCGGGAUUCUGACGCAAAGCUACGCAGUGAUAAACUUCUGAAUGAUGAAAAGUUAUCAUUCGAGAUGAUCAUUGUCAAGCUGGAAGAAGAUGAGGCACAACGUGUUAUUAGCGAUGAUGGCCUGGAACAUAAUUCCGCUGCAUCGAUAAAUGCAACGGAUUCAGAUGAUGAUAAGUUAAGUACCAUCAAGGCCAGGGUUGAAUUAACUAGGAAAAGUAAUACUUCAAAAGUAACUAGCAAAAAUGGGAAAAGAAACAAGAUAGAUGAUAAAAAGUCAAUCGCUAAGAUAAAGUUCAAAAGAAAACGAAAAGUGAAACUUGAAAGUGGCGAUGAAUCGGAAGUGGCAGAUAACAAUGAUACCUUAGAUGAGAAGGAGCUUGAGAUGUUUGAUAUUAUUAUACUACCAGAAGCAAAUUUUGUGUGCUGUUGUUGUCGUCAGAAUUUCAAAGCCCAAGAAGAUCUUGAUUCACAUGUCGAAGUCCAUAAAAAAUUCUUAGUAAAGAGAACAGACACCAUACAUUGCGAAAUAUGCAAACGAAGAUUUAUCAAGCACAAAGCAUUGGACAAUCACAGAAGGAUAUGGAAGCAUGUUACUAAGCUCUUCGAGUGUCGGAAGUGUAAAUCUCGUUUCAUAAGUGCUGUCAGUAGACGGAAACAUGCCUAUAAACAUCCCAAAACGAUCGAAGAUAAAAUGAAACAGGAGUACGGUGAGAUAAUAUGCUGUGUUCAGCGUUGCUCCAAAUCAUUUCCCUCGGAAGAGCUGCUGAUUAAGCAUAGUCUCGAAACUCAUAAGUUGGACAAGCAGUUGAGCAAACCGGAAGAAGAUGAUCAAAGACAGGCCGAAUGUCCGGUAUGCUUCAAGAGGUUUGCCUCCGAACGAUUACUUAGAAUUCAUCGUAAAAGAAACUCGAAGCCCUUAAGCCACCAGUGCACAACGUGCGGACUCAAAUUCCGUUCCAAGGAUGUCUUGUUAUUCCAUGAAUCGAAUCACGCCGAUCAAAAGCCUUUUCAAUGCGAUGUCUGCAAUAAGUAUUUUUCAAGUAGAAGUGCUUUAAAGGUUCACCAACGGCACCAUUCCAACGAGAAACCAUUCGUGUGUGGUACGUGCGGUGCGGGAUUCUACCAAAAGGUUCAGCUCACCUCGCACGAGUACGACCAUGGGAAUGUGCCGUUACCGUUCAAGUGUGAAGUAUGCGGCAAAUCAUUCAAGAUCAAGAAAGGACUAAUCACGCACAUGCGAUCGCACACUGGCGAACGGCCAUACCCGUGUCGGCACUGUUCGAUGUCAUUCGCCAGCUACCCCAUUCGGCGGAUGCAUGAAAUGACACACAGUGAUAUCAAACCAUUUAAAUGCUCUUACUGUGAUAGAACAUUCACUCUCAAACGAUUACAAUUGGAGCAUGAAUGCAAACAUACUGGGAUAAAACCAUUCAAGUGCAACUUUUGCGAUAAAUCGUUCAUACGUAAGCAGUUCCAGGUCGAUCACGAAAGCACUCAUACCGGUGUUAAACCUUAUCGCUGUGAUAAGUGCAAUUGUAGUUAUAGCCACAAGAGCAAUCUUAAUCGCCAUAUGGAGACGCAUCAAUCGGCAUCAGACAGUGCAGACGUUGCAUCAGUAAUGCCUACGGUGUUACCUCUAUUACCUGACAACGCGGUUGGCAUAAGCUCAGAAAUAUCCUCAACUCCUACCGCCCCAACGGGUAAUGUUGGUGAAUUUGGACAGUAGGAUUCUCGAAUAUACUUAAU